AUGGGUAGAUCUUAUAUGUUUGAUGAUAGAACGAAAGAAAAUAGAAGAAAACAAAGAGAAGAAGCUCAAGUCGAAAUAAGACAGAUAAAAAAAGAAGAACUGUUAAAUAAGAAAAGAAGUUUAAGUCUGGCAGUAUCUCAGAUUAGUAAUUUUAAUGAAAUGAGAAACAGGUUGGAGUCUAAUGAUUUAACUAUUCUUCAUCAAGGGACCUAUGAAUUUAGAUCCCUUUUAAGUGUUGAGGGUAGUCCUCCUGUUCAAGCUGUUAUAGAUUCUGGAUGUUUACCGCGUUUUGUUAAAAUAUUGGACAGAAAUUUUAUUAUUAGUCUUAAUGGACCAGAAGAUCUGAUUGACAAGACAAGAAUAGAAGCUGCUUGGGUUUUAACAAAUAUUGCUGCGGGUACUUCUGAUCAGACCAUGGCUGUACUUGAAGCCGGUGCACUUAAUCCACUGGUUUCUAUGUUGUAUGAACCAAAUGAGACAGUUAUAGAUCAAAGUGUAUGGGCGCUAGGGAAUAUAGCGGGUGAUUCUGAAGUUGCUAGAGAUUCUAUUAUAAAAACGGGUGCAUUAGAUGUGUUAAUAGCUCUACUAGAAAAAUAUCAUUUACAGGAAGGACACAUUAAGCUUGUAAGGAAUAUGACUUGGUUAUUAAGUAAUCUUAAUAGAGGAAGGAAUCCUCCGCCAAAUUUAUCUGAUAUGCAUAAGUCUCUACAAAUAUUAUUUAAGCUAAUUAAUGUACGAGACCCAGAGACUGUAUGUGACUCAUUCUGGGCAUUAAGUUAUAUUGUAGAUGUAGAUUGUGGAUGUACUGAUAUUGUACUUGGUUCUAAUGUAAUGGCUAAGGCGUAUAACUGUUUAGAAGCAUAUUGUUGUAAAUUAAGAAACUCGACGCAUGAUCCAGAAGAUGCAAGAAUAGGAUCUAUGUCUAUUUCUCCCAUUAUAAGAAUGUUAGGUAAUAUUGCUACAGGUAAUGAUAAUCAAACUAAUGCUAUAAUUAAACUGGGAUUCUUAGACUUUUUUGGGAUAUUAUUUUACAGAAUUGACAAUAAAAAGUCACAAAGAUUAAGAAAGGAAAUAUGUUGGACAGUGUCUAAUGUUACAGCGGGACCUAUUGAACAAGUGGCUGUUGUAGUAGAAGGAGGGAUAGUUCCUAUGCUUAUUGAUGCUAUGAAUGCUUAUGAGCCAUUUAUUAGAAAAGAGGCAUGUUGGGCACUAAGUAACGCACUGUUUUAUUGUUCACAAAAACCUGAGUGGGUGAAAAUAUUUAUCGAUAACAAUUUAAUAGAUGCACUCAUUUCUUAUUUAGAUAUAGCUAGUAACCUUGUUGAUAUGCAAUCACAUAUUUUAGAUUGUUUUUUACACAUUUUAGAAGGUGGUAGGAAAUAUGAAAAAAAAUUUGGAUCUAAUAUCGCGGCAGAAAAAAUUUUAGAGACCGAAGCAAUUAGUCGUAUAGAAAAUUUACAGGAUGUUGAGUCUAUAGAGGUAUCUGAUAAGGCUUAUAAGAUUAUUGUAGAAUAUUUUGACGGAGUAGAAAGCUAA